AUUCGAUUCUACCGCAGAGCAGAGUACGCCGGCGUGAUGGGAGGAGGUUAUGGGCAGGGAGGAAAAACUAAUAGCAGCAUUGCUCACCUGACACCUGAGAUGCUCUCAUGAGUUUUGAAUGUGUUCUGCUCCUUACAGCAAAGACACCAUUUUAAAAAGUACUAUUCUUUUGACUUUGCCCUUACACAAGGAUUCUGUGAUAUUCUGUCCCCUUCGUCUAAAAGCCAGCAGAUUUGAAAGCAAUAAGCCUUCUAAACCGGGAAUUUACACUGUUUUUCCGUGGACCGACUUCCAGGACAAGGACUCACUCAUCUGCAUCCGCCCAAAUACCAUGGCACUGCGUGCACCCUUUGCCGCCGGAUCCUCCCCUUCCAAUGAGACUUUCUGAUUGUGUCUACCAACUCUCCUAUUAGGAAACCCGUGGGUUGCAUGCAGCUAUUCUGUUGUAUUCUCAUUCUCACUCUCCCUCCCCUUUCUCACUCGCACUCUUGCUGGAGGCACACCAAUACCAUUCUGCUCUGAAGAAAAAGCCCACAACUACCUUGAGCGAUUAAGACAAUAUGCGCAACCCUUGCCUUUCAUAGCGAUCACUAUUUAAAUCUGGCAAGAGCGGACAACACUCUUUGCAAGAAUGGAGUCAGUAAAACAAAGGAUUUUGGCCCCAGGAAAAGAGGGGAUAAAGAAUUUAGCUGGAAAAUCCCUCGGCCAGAUCUACAGGGUGCUGGAGAAGAAGCAGGAGACCGGGGAGACCAUCGAGCUGACGGAAGAUGGGAAGCCCCUGCAGGUGCCUGAGAAGAAGGCGCCGCUGUGCGACUGCACGUGCUUCGGCCUGCCGCGCCGCUACAUCAUCGCGGUCAUGAGCGGCCUGGGCUUCUGCAUCUCCUUCGGCAUCCGCUGCAACCUGGGCGUGGCCAUCGUGGACAUGGUCAACAACAGCACCAUCCACCGCGGGGGCAAGGUCAUCAAGGAGAAAGCCAAAUUCAACUGGGACCCGGAAACCGUGGGCAUGAUCCACGGUUCCUUCUUUUGGGGCUACAUCAUCACCCAGAUUCCGGGCGGCUACAUCGCGUCUAGGCUGGCAGCCAACAGGGUUUUUGGAGCUGCCAUACUUCUUACCUCUACUCUAAAUAUGUUAAUUCCAUCAGCAGCCAGAGUGCAUUAUGGAUGUGUCAUCUUUGUUAGAAUAUUACAGGGACUUGUUGAGGGAGUCACCUACCCAGCAUGUCAUGGGAUAUGGAGCAAAUGGGCCCCUCCUCUAGAGAGGAGUAGAUUAGCAACCACCUCCUUUUGUGGUUCCUAUGCCGGAGCUGUGAUUGCAAUGCCUUUAGCUGGCAUUCUUGUACAGUACACUGGCUGGUCUUCAGUAUUUUAUGUCUAUGGAAGCUUUGGGAUGGUCUGGUACAUGUUUUGGCUUUUGGUGUCUUACGAGAGCCCUGCAAAGCAUCCUACUAUUACAGAUGAAGAACGUAGGUACAUAGAAGAAAGCAUUGGAGAGAGUGCAAAUCUUUUAGGUGCAAUGGAAAAAUUCAAGACUCCAUGGAGGAAAUUUUUUACAUCUAUGCCAGUUUAUGCAAUAAUUGUUGCAAACUUCUGCAGAAGCUGGACUUUUUAUUUAUUGCUUAUUAGUCAGCCAGCAUAUUUUGAAGAAGUCUUUGGAUUUGAAAUCAGCAAGGUUGGCAUGCUGUCUGCUGUGCCACACUUAGUGAUGACAAUUAUUGUGCCUAUUGGAGGGCAAAUUGCAGAUUUUCUAAGAAGCAAGCAAAUUCUUUCAACCACUACUGUGAGAAAGAUCAUGAACUGUGGCGGUUUUGGCAUGGAAGCCACACUGCUUCUGGUCGUUGGCUAUUCUCAUACUAGAGGGGUAGCUAUCUCGUUCUUGGUACUUGCAGUGGGAUUCAGUGGAUUUGCUAUAUCUGGUUUCAAUGUUAACCACUUGGAUAUUGCUCCGAGAUAUGCCAGUAUCUUAAUGGGCAUUUCGAAUGGUGUUGGCACAUUAUCAGGAAUGGUUUGCCCUAUCAUUGUUGGUGCAAUGACAAAGAAUAAGUCACGAGAAGAGUGGCAGUACGUCUUCCUGAUUGCUGCCCUAGUCCACUAUGGCGGAGUUAUAUUUUAUGCAAUAUUUGCCUCAGGAGAGAAGCAACCUUGGGCAGACCCUGAGGAAACAAGUGAAGAAAAAUGUGGAUUUAUCCACGAAGAUGAACUUGAUGAAGAAACAGGGGACAUUACUCAAAAUUAUAUAAAUUAUGGUACCACCAAGUCUUAUGGUGCCACAACACAGGCCAAUGGAGGUUGGCCCGAUGGUUGGGAAAAGAAAGAGGAAUUUGUACAAGAAGAGGUACAAGACUCAUAUAGCUAUAGGGACCAAGAUGAUUAUUCAUAACAAAACUAAUUGCUGGAUUUCUUUUUAGUGUUUGUGAUUAAAUUCAUUGUGAUUGCACAAAAAUUUUAAAAAAUGUGGUAUAAACAUGUAAACAUACCAAUCAGGCAAGUCUUGCUGUAAAAAUGAGAUCAAAACAAACCCAUGAAUUUACCAUCGAGUGCAAUCUGUAGAAGUUGUGAAGUUCCAUCAUUUCCAUUCAGGUAAUCCAUUCUUGCCUUUGUGACUGGUCAAAAUUGUAGAAACAAGUAGUUAUUCAUUGGAUUCAUUUGAGCUAAAACUCAUCACCAUUUAAUAAAGCACAACUAGAACAGUUGGCACAUCUCAUCCUCCAAAGGUUAGGAAGCCAAAGCUACUUGAUCAUGCAACAUGCACUUAAAUAUUUGUUCCAAUGUAUUGCAAGAUAUCACACAGAAGUCCUGUUUAAAUAAAAUAAGUGAAACACAUCAAGUUGGCUGCAUCAUGUAUUGGCAACAUUUAUUAACUGUAAAUCAUGUACCUGGGAUAUCUUUCUGUUGAUGAAGUAUAUUGUAUAUUAGCAGCUAGCAAGUUGUACUGAAUAAUUAUUAGAAUUACAUAAUGUGGGAUAUUUUGUUGGUCCUCAAAAGGAAUAUCUUGCAGUGUUUUAUAUGAAAUGCUUGGGCACAAACACUUAUUGUGAAAGAGAACUUAUAAAUUGAGGGGUAUGCUUCAUGUUCCUCCAUUCAUUUACCUAACAGUAUAAACACUUCACAUUUCAAUAAUAUCCAACUUUUCAUGUAGCAUAUCACAUAACUUUUUUGCAAAAAAUAUAAAAAGAAAUAGACUUCAAUGUAUUUUUUAUUACAACUUUGUACUGGUUGUAACUUGCAUUAGGAAAAAAAAGAUAUAUACACCAUAAAGAAUCUAAUACAAAAUUUACUACGGAGAUAUAGCCCUUAAAAUGCAAUAUUAACAUCAAAAGAAAUAGAAAAUGGUUUAGAUAUCUUUCUUCCUUAAUAAUUAAAUAUUAUAUGAAACUUGUGCCACAGAACUAUAUAUAAUAUGAAAAGAUAAACUUAAUAGAGAUAUUGUAAGUAGAAAAUUUUAUUAUUUAAAGUCCUAUUUAAGAGAUAUUUGUCUUAAAAAUAUAGGACAAUAAAUUAUAUUAAAAUUAUAUCUAUAUCUAUAUAUAUCUGUAUAUCUUAUACAUAUCCAUACACAGGAACAUAAUAAACAAUCUUCACACAAAACCAAAAGUAGCAUACACCUAAUGUUGGGUUAGGGAACUGAAAUUUCUACUUUCAUAGAGUCAUAGAAUUUUAGAUGGGGAAGAGGCAUUUUGCUUGUUAUUUCUUAAUAUAAUUCAACAGGAAUUGCAACAUUUGUGUACCAAGCAAUAAGUGCAAUGCAUAAAAUUUCCUGUCUAUAUAUUACCUUCAUUUUGCUUGUGGUAGCUGUUUGGGUGGUUGCAAUGAUGUUUUCUUUUAAAAUAGUUCACAUCAGACCUCUUUAUAAUGUUCUAAAAUUAUAAUAAUGCAUUUCCCAAUUCAACUCAGAAUAUUAUUGGUGUAUUUUUAAUUGUCUAUUCUGGAUAUUUGAUCUGUUCAUUGUAUUGUGCUAGUGACUGGAGGCCCUGCUACUGCAAAUAUAAAACAUAAAGUUUGUUUAAAAAUGCAAACCAUUCUUGACCUUAAGAAAAUAAAAAAUACCCUCCUUUGCUUUGUGUCUCAAAGUGAUACAAUGUGAUCAUAGCUUUUGUUGUGUUGAAUGAAAAGAUGUGGACUGUCAUUUUGUUGCAGCAAAAAAAGUAUUAAUAAAAUGCUCUAUUUAUCCUUUU